UUCAACCUCCAUCUGUCACAAAUAUUGUUUUGUUUUGUAUACUUGCGAAAAGUAAAUAAAUUGCUAAAUUACAAAAAUUGUGAUAUGUAAAUUAACAUCAAAUCUUAGUGAAUAAUGUCUUUGGCCAAACCUGACUGUGAUAGCAUCGAAAUCGAGCAAGUGGCAUUAGAAACUCCUGCUAAAAAGACACUUUCCUACAGUGAUAUUGCUUCGAAACUACUGGAGGACAAGUUUCUAUUAACUGCCCUGGAACUGCACACGGAAUUUGUCGAAGCUGGCAAAGAAAUAAAGGUUUUAAGGGACUUUUUCUCCAAUCCAGGGAACUUUGAGGCAUCUUCCCAGGAAACCACAACUAGGCUAUCUCGUUGUGGCAGUCAAGCAACUUUAGAUAGUCUCGAUCUAACUAGAUACUCCGAAGAUGGGGCUGUAGGCGAUGAAAGAGUGGCUGUCUUGGAAUUUGAACUGAGAAAAGCCAAAGAAACCAUCAACGCUUUGAGGAAUAACUUAACAUUUGCUAUAGAAUCUGAGUCCAGCACUCCAGAUAAGGGUUCCCUGAGGAACAUUCCCUCAACAUCAAUCAAACCUUAUGAACAGAGGGCUCUAAAUUUUCUCAUCAACGAGUAUUUGCUACUUCAAGGAUAUAAACUCACCUCGAUAACGUUCGCUGAUGAGAAUCAGAACCAAGACUUUGAUGACUGGGAUGAUGUAGGUCUGAAUAUUUGUAAACCCCCAGAACUGCUGUUUUUGUAUAGAGAGGGCCUCAAGCAAAGUGGUCAAAGUGGGGUGGUCGCUUCCACUCAAACCGAGAUUGGGGAUGAUGAGAAGGAUGAUCUUAUUCGGAAACAGGGCUGUGAAAUCGAGGAAUUAAAGUCGCAACUGGACUUUUUGGAAGCUGAUUUAGCAGAGCUGCAAUCGCUCAAAGAACAACUGCAAAAAGAGUAUACUGUUAUUAGCGAUGACAUUAUUUCAUCGGAAUUAAAAACAGCAGUUAAAACCUCCGAGUGUAGCGACUCUCCCGAAAGGUUUGAAAUAAUCGACAAAAACAUGUCGUUGUUUAAGAAAAAAGACAUUGAAGACACCAUCUCGAAUAACAGUUUUAAUACAAGCGAUUGGGCGAAAAUUAGUUUGCCAGAUCAGGAAUGCGGCAAGGAGAGCAAUAGCCAAAAGAUGUGCGAAAAUGAGCGACUAUUCAAGGAUUUAAGCUUGGAAAGGUUUACAAAGGACGUGUUCUCCUUGUGCUACUUAGACAUCGAACAUAGCUUCGAGUGCGACGCAUUAGACGAGCAUGUAGACGUGGAGAGUUUUGUACACAUUAUUUCGCAAACAUUGCCGAAAAUAAUUCCCAAUAUAAUUCUAAAUAAGCGCGAGGAAGUCAUACCUUUGCUGAUGACGGCCAUUUCUCUUAAUCCUAAAAUCUCCGAACGGGAUAAGCUAUUGCAACAAUUGUUCCAUCUUAAGAAAAGGCCCACGAAGGAGGAACGAUUAACGAUUUUAGCUGCUGUUAUUGGAAUAGCGAAGUAUUCGGGUGAACAGCUGGUAGAAAAUGAGAUUUUGCCUCAAUGUUGGCUCCAACUCACGCAUAAACACGUUGAAAGGCGGCUUCUCAUCGCUGAAGCUUGUACCGUAUUAAUCCCGUAUGUUUCUAGUACAAUUCGUAACUCUCUCAUCCUUUCAAUGCUCCAGCAAAUGCUUGAGGAUAAAGAGGAGAUAGUCAGAGACCAAAUCAUCAAAGCUUUCGCUUUGUUACUUUGCUAUUGUAAAGAGCCAGACAAAUAUUCCCAAUGUGAGCAGAUAGCAUUAAACACGUUAAACGAUGUGAGCCACUCUGUGGUGCAUUUGAGUUCCAAUAUUUUGUUCCCUGUUCUGGCACGAUGGGCACAACAUGAAGGUUGUUUAAAUACCAGUUUGUUGAAGAAGCUCCUGCACCGCCUUAACUCUCAUGUGAAAAAUAUAGAAUCUCAAACGAAGGCCAGUCAGGACAUUGACCAAAUUCAGCGGGUGUUGUCGGUUCUGGACAAUUUACUGCCCUUCUUGCUCACUUUAGUGAUUUACAACGAGCAUGUGAUCAGCAAUAUUGAGAAAGAUGUGGUGAUACCUACGAGAUCUGAUUUUAGUAGCACGUACACCAAGCUGACAAACCCGGAAAACUUCUUCAAAUCGGAGCUCCAUUUCGGAACAGUGUUGUACGAAUUCGACAAAUAUAUAUCUGAUAAUCCGAACACUUCCUGGCCAGAGAUGAACUGGGUGGUUGACGUAAUGCUUCCAGAUUUACUGAAUAACUUACACCACAUUGAACUAGCUCAGCAACCGGUUUUGGAAGGUUUCAUCAAUCUAUUCGCGCACAUUUGCAUAGUGUUUGGACCGAACUUCAUCAACUACAAAGUCCGCCCGGUUCUGCACAAAAACAUCCAAAAUCUGGAGCAAGUUAUCAGCAGCUUCAACCAGUUCUGCCCCAGUUUGAACAUUAUUCCGAUCUACGUGAUCGUGCUGCAUUUCACCGAAAAUUUCGACGAAAUCUCCAGUGUUCUGAAAAAGUUUUUGUAUGUUUUGCCCUUGUGCGGCAGUCCGUUGGACUGUUUGGAACUCACGGUCAGGAAAUUAACUGAAGUUGGCUUGCAAGAAAUUGUGGUGGAUUGUUUAUGGUCGGGCGUAGUUCAUCAAAGACCUCUAGUCAAAUCUGCUUCGGCCAAUUUAUUCUGCUGCAUCAUUAGAUCCUGCAGCGAAGACUUAUUGAAAUCCAAAGUGGCCGGGGCAAUUGUGACUAUGGCCAACGACAGCGACGUAUUGGUUCGCACUGCCACGAUUCCGGCUUUAGGGCGUUUGAUUACAAAUUGCAGCGUAAAGGAGAUUCACGACAAAGCCUAUAUGCAGCUGCAAACGCUGCUAAACGAUCCAACCCUCACAGAAAACCACGCAUUAACCAGGCAGUUGAUCGUCACUUUGGGGAACAUUUUUGUCGGCAGCUGCAGCACCUUUAGGAACGAUGUCAUAUUGCCUCAGUUGACGAGUUUCGCAGUUUUUAUGUCGCAAAUGACCAAUCAGACCAGGAAAAUUGAUAUGGCUUUAGCACUGGUGGAAGCGUUUACGCAUGUUGUCUACAGUCCCCUUAAUAAGCCCAACAUCAGUUCAGUUGUAAAACCCGGAUUAAAGUGCUUAGAUUUGGUGAUUUCUGAAAAUCCCUCACUGUCGACUCACCACGAAACAGUAUUAUCAAUGAUGAAAGAAUGCGAUAAUAAGGCCAGCCAAAGCGUUUCGGGCUCUCCGAUCGAAAAGCCGCAUAAACUGGGCCAAAACGUUAACCAAGGAGUGGAGGAAAUGAGGCAGAGGAUGAGUAAAAUUUUCACCAAGCCUCACAUGUCCAAGUCGAACACCCUGCAUAAUUUUCCAGGAAUCUUUAAGAAAAAAUAAAUUGUGCUUGUUUCCAACAGAUUAACGCGAAAGCAUAGAUUUUCAUUAAAAUAGAAAUUGUAAUCUUUGACGAUCUAAAAAUGCUGCUUGGAGAUUUGCACAAAUUCCGGCUCGAUCUGACCAUUUGAUGACUCCCGGGAAUGUUUUGCUGUGAUAUUUCCACUUUGCAUUAAACAUCACAUUUUGAGGCAAAAGAUGACUUACAAAGUACGAAAACAAAACUGAUCAAUCGCGUUUUAGGGAUAACAGGCAAUGGGUUAUUUACAUUUUCAACGAAUCAUUUAAUCACAAAAGUAGCUUUGGAAGAUUAAUUAUAUUGCAAAGAAUUCAACAAACAAGAAAAACCGGGUUUGCUCAAUUUCAAUUUGAUACAUUUAUGGAAUUUUCACAAAAGGUUUACCCAAAAUUGCAGUUAUGGUUUUUCGUCUUCAAUAUACCCAGUUGUCAAAUCAAUUUUAAUUAAUUAACUAAUGCCCACAUUAAGAAAAUCACCCUGUUAUAUGUAUACGCAUAAUCGGAAUGUAUAGUUUUUUAUGAAAGAAGAUUGUACAUUGAGAUUUACUUUUGUAGCCUACUUUUUACUAGUCAAUGUGAUAAUCUCUUUUACUUUCAACUCUCUUUUGUUGAAUUUUGAAAAUCUUACCCUAGACAGCGUAUUUCAUAAAUAUAUCAAUAAACUUUUAGAGUCGUUAGGGGACAUACAAACAUGCUGUUUAUGCUUUAUGAACAUACGCCCGAAAAAAAGCGUCUUUUAUCGUUAUUGAAAAAACGCGUUAUACGCUUUUGAUGAUUUUUUCGAUUGCUGCUAACCAAAGUAGGAAUCUUUUGGACCAAAUACAAUUUAAUUCCAGGAACGGGCACAAAAGGCAGCUGUGGUUUUUGUCUUAAAAAACGCCGGUAGUAGCAUUUUAAGCAUUAUUUUUUUUGCCUCGGCCACAAAACUCAGAUACAGUGGACACUCAAGUGAAAAAAGUGGUCUGCUGCUUUACCUAAUUGAAGUUCUAAACUGGCGAAAACAACCCAAUGUUAUUUUUGGCAAUUAAAAAAAUUAACGGAAUUAAAAUUAAAUUGAACAUGCCUAUAAACCAAAAGAUGCUUGUUCAAUGUCUCCUAUCACCGCCUGAAAGCUUAUCGGCAUAUCUAUAAUCUUGGAUUUUUUACUAAUUUUCUUUAGGUUGUGACAUCUUAUUUCAGAGUUGCAUUUGUACUUAAUUAUACUCAGUUUUAAUAAGGAUAAAAAUAUAUUAUAUUGUUAUCAAUAAACUCAUAUUUAUGUAA